AUGGGUGCCAAUUAUGUGACCGAGACGUCCGUGAGGGCGACUGGCAUUACAAUGAUUGUUUUGACGACAAUGGUCGCCGGCCUCCGCAUCGGUGUAUCUGUUGAGCAGCAACGGAAGUUCGGUUGGGACGAUGGCUGGCUUUUGGCCGCCUACAUCUUCUUUCUGGCGCUUUCAACCCUGUACAUUGUGGCCGCGCCUGUGAUGUUUAGACUCACCAAGCUUGCUAGUGGGGAGAUUCCGCUGUAUCCCACGGUUGCCGAUGACGGGCUCUUCAUCCAGAAGAUAUUUUUUGUCACCACUUCGGGCUUAUGGCUCUGCCUGUGGAGUGUCAAGUUCUCCUUGAUGGCUGUCUACAAAAAGUUGAUGAACUCUUUGCCGCACAAGCUUAGAUUGUGGUGGGCCGUGAUUAUAUUCUGCCUGGUGGUUCUGGCGGGCGCAAUCACCUCAUCAAUGCUUUCUUGCUCGAGCAUGAAGGCUUGGUUCACGGCAGGUGCUUGCUCAACCCCUCGAGAUGUCAAGGCUGCGAGUAUCAGCCUUUGGUAUGCUUAUGCGGUUGAUAUCCUCACCGAUCUCCUGAUCAUGCUCCUACCCCUUGACCUCAUCUGGAGUUUGAAAAUGCCCAAGACCCAGAAGGCGAGCAUUGGUGCCCUCUUUUGCCUCGGGUUUGUUUGUAUUGCGGUAGCAACAAUUCGAGUCAAGGAGCUGGGAAGCACCGUCAACAACAGUCAACCCAGUACUACUUGGCUAGCGCUAUGGGGCAUCGUGGAGUCCUCGAUAGCUGUCUUAAUUGGCUGCGGGCCCGGUCUCUACCGCAAAGCAAGAACAAUCUACCAAACCCGCCACGGAUCCAACCCAUCGCGUGGCUAUGCGCGGUAUGCAAACAGCAAUUCCGCCAGACCUCGGGGGCAGGCACAAAGCAUUGUGCUCGAAAACUACCAGACGAAGAAGGCCCGUACGAACACCGGGUCCAAGCUAAACGACGCUGCCAGCAGUCAAGAAGAGUUGGCCAAUACAAAUCUCGAGCCUGGCAUUGGAGAUACCAAGACUGCAAGUGAAAGCAUCAAAGAGCGGGAUGCAGAUUCUGUGCGCCGCUGGGAAGAGAGACCGCAUGCAUACUAG